GGGAUUGUAGUGAAGUCCUCCAUCCUUCCCACCAUCCUCAGCCAGGCGGAGCGGAGAAAGGUCGUCUUUGCUGGUCACCGACGGAGGCGAGAACAGGGGCAGAGACUGACAAGAGAGGGGGAAAGGGAGGGGUGACAGAGAAAACGCAAGAAGGGAAAACAGAGCGAGAAGGGACACUGACAGAUUUUUCUCUCAACAACAACCAAGCAGAACACUACUUUUAUCAUUCCAUUAACGUGGGGCCAAACAUUUUGGAUUUUUGGAACUUGUGUGCACUACGACUGAUGCGAAUGGGUGCAGCCUGCUGAGCACCGUCCAGAUUGCACUAUACCAGAGACGCAGUCGAUUCUGAGUGCCUAAUCACUACUCUUCACAGAAUAGUAAAGAAAGGCAAUCAUAAAUUUGAAAAUGUCUUCUAAAAUGUCCACCACAAACAACAUUGCAGCUGCAAGGAGACAAGUCCAGCAACUCAGAAUAGAGGCCAGCAUUGAGCGAAUAAAGGUUUCAAAGGCAUCUGCAGAAUUGAUGAACUACUGCUAUGACCAUGCCAAGAACGACCCCCUACUGGUGGGCAUUCCUGCUUCUGACAACCCUUUCAAGGACAAGAAACCCUGUACCAUUUUGUAGUGUUAAAUUGAACUUUGUGUUUUUUUAUGUUUGCUUUUUUUUUUUUUUUCUUUUUUAGGACGAAAGAAAUGAACUUAAUGUCUUUUAUUACUCUUUUUUUCUUUUUUAAGGCCUCCUGGAACCCACUGUAAGUGAAUUUAUUGACAGAUUGGUUAAACUGAUUUAAUUAUAUAUUUCAUUUCUUGUACAAGUACAAGCCAAAAGUGACCAUUUCUGAAAUGAGUGUAAACAGAGCUACUAUUUGUGGGAAUUCUGAGCUGAUUGAAUGAUUUUAAUUAUAUUGUUCUGUGGCAUGUGUUAGGGUUGACCAAGACCAAAGCUGCCUCUUAAUUGUUUAUUAUACUUACAAUGGGAAAGGAAAAUGUCUUAGCAGUUCUUCUUUUAAAUAGGUGCAAAAGGUACUUUAUACUGAUUAUGUAGUCUCUUGAAUUUCACCUAAAAUGUGUAUGAUAAACAUAAUUUUUUAUCUAAUAAUUCAAUGCUUAUUUACAUUUAACAUAUUUUUGAGAUGACAUUUCGUAAAAUUUUCCUACACAAUUUAUCUGCCUACAUUUUAAUUUUUUUUUACAAAUGUGAUAAAUCUUUUUGAAAUAUAUUCUGUAUUCAUCUGUGACAGUGAAGAUGGCAGCAGUACUGUGCCCUUUUUAUUAAAGAUUUUAAUUACAUUAGAAUGACUGUGGCACUCCAGGAAAAAUAAAAUCAGAUAUUCUUCAGGACUGGUACUGAGAAAACAACAGGCCUUACAGUUUCCAAAACAUCUCAGUUCCAAUACAUUAAUUCAUUCACUUCACGUGAGAUGCAGACUACCAAAUAAAUGUACACUCUAAGUAGCAUCUAAACAUCUACAUGUCAAUUACAACACUUAUUACAAUUGCAAGUAUUUGAAAUUCACUUCCAGCAACACAUCUGAAUAACUAGACAUACUUACGUACAUACCUUUAUAAAUAGAAACACUCAAGGGUAUGUACACGUGGUUGCAUUACAAUACCACAUUUUUUCACUCUUAUUGAAUCACAUGUAUAAUAGAAGCAGAUUAAGGCAUUCAGUAAAAUGUAUGUCAUGUGCAAAAGAGGAAAAUUUGUACACUUAGUAACACUAUUAAAAUGUCCACUCACAGAUCUCUCAUGAUUAAGAAUCUGACAUGCACCUGCAUCACUACUUGAAUAGUUAAAUAUCUACUUAAAAUAAUUAAGCCUUUAUUAGAAAACAUCUCAUGAACAACACUAAACAUUGUGCAAACAUAAAACACUGGUCAAAAUCAGUUCAUGUAUCCUCUACCCACUUCACAUGAAAGUAUUACACUAAAAAAAUAAUAGUGCACAAUUCUUCAGGGUUGAAUUUCAUAACAAGCAUUUUACUCCUGUUACAGAGACUUAGAGAUUGUGAAUACAUGAAGCCUUCUUGGUAUCUACUUAAAUGUUGUGAAAACCACAGUAUUUUUAUUUUAAUCUGAAAAUCCUAUUAAAAACAUCUUAAACUGCUGUAGUGGCUAUACAAUUUCUAUCUGAUAUUCCUCUUUUUAAUCCUUGUCUUCUAAAUGAUAAAGUGGGCAGUCAGUUUGAUUUUGAAUUUGUAGGCAAUUUAAUAUAUGUUAAAAUGGUGUUAUAAUUAUUGGUAAGUUUUCUAUCUGUGCCAGUUUUUCAUUAAUAUUAGCAAAUACUUAUGGGCUUUGAAAGAGUUCUUCCAAAAAACAACUUCCUAAUCUUUUAAUAUUCUGGAUUAAGAUUUCAGGAUUCCAGUAAAAGAUUAACGUUUUCACAAAAUAUAAGUACAUCCUGCAUUUGUCAGUAUUAAUUCUAAAUUGCAGAAAAAAUGACACCUGUUUUACUAAGCAAAUUGUUUUUUUAACCUUGGUUAGGAUUUGUGCACUAGUGUUGAGAACUCCACCUUUUGUGCUGUCUUAUUAAAGUCUGAUUGUACAGAUAAACUUGAGACAUACUAUACAGUUUAUUUGUACUCUGUGUUUAGAAACCAUAUGUGUACCUAGAAUAAUCAACACAUUCCAGUUAUAGCUAGUGACUUCUUGGAAAAUACUGCUAUGGAUCUGGGGCCUCAAAAAAAAAA